GACGCGUACUUGAAUGUAACACGGUCAUCACUACCACCAUCACACAGUCAGCGUAGCAUCCACCAGCAAGGUGUCACUUAGGCAGCUAACUAUCUGUUUUACUUUGCUGUUUAGCGUACCAUUUUUAUACACAUCAGUGUGUUGGAAACUCGAGGCGUUGGCAACAUGAAGGGAAUCAGGUUUUUCGUGUUUUUCUUGGCGCUGUCCGCGUCCUUGCUGUGCACAACCGAAGCGGGGCGGAGCAGGACGAGCACCCAGAACAGCUUCCGACGAGCGGCCAACGGGAUCUACCAGACCCUGAGUAAUGUUUUCGGGGAGGACAACAUCCGAGGGCUAUACAAAUUUUUUUCCAAAACAACGGAGAGGUUUGUGCAUGGCGUGGAUUCUUUCAUGGACACCAUCUGGAAGAUCUGGUCUGAUCUGCUGGAUGUGAUGGGCAUUGACUCCUCAAACCUCAGCCACUACUUCAGCCCCACAUCCCUCACCAACUCUCCGGCCCGCGCCCUGCUCCUGGUCGCCGCCGUACUGUUGGCCUACUGGUUCCUCUCCAUGUUCCUGGGGGGUUUCUUUUACCUGCUGCACGCCGUCUUCGGCCGCUUCUUCUGGCUGGCCCGCGUCCUGCUCUUCGCCCUGUCCUGCCUCUACAUCCUGCAGAAGUUCGAGGGCGACCCCGAGCGCGCCGUGCUCCCGCUGUGCUUCAUCAUGGCCCUGUACUUCAUGACGGGGCCCGUGGGAGCGUACUGGCGUCGGGGAGGCAGCGCAGGUUCGCUUGAAGAGAAAAUCGACCACCUGGACACUCAGAUCCGGCUGCUCAACAUCAGGCUGAGCCGCGUCAUCGACGGCCUGGAACGCGGCGGGGAGCAGUAGGGUGGCGUCCAGGAAGAAAGGGGAGGGAGGGGUAAUAAUAUAAAACCAGCUGCAGCUGAUGUCAGAAUGCUGUUUCCAACGCACAUCUGCAGCAACACAACCACUGGGUAUUUCCAACUCUACAGAACAGGAUUUUUAACUGCUUUAGUUGAUUUUAGUUACAGAAUACCGAAAACAAAAAUCCUCAAAAAGGUGUGGACGGUUCUCUCGGAGCUUACACAAAUCAACAAAACUAUUCUUCUUUUGUUUUUUCUUCUCACGGCUUUGAAAGCUUUCUGUCACAUCAACAAAGUUAUCAGAGAGAUGUCCGGGGUUUUCUUAAUGCUGGCCUCAGCUUCUUUGAGAAACUCCAAAGUCAGGACUUGAAUUUUUGGUGUUCUGAUAAGAAUUUGUCAAAGCGUGUUUUUAAAGCAUAUUCUGUUUCUUAUCCUUGUGAAUAACCUGGAGAUUCUGAUUGUUGCACUGGUUCGUCCAUGUGUUUUUUUGUUUUGUUUUUUCCUCCAUUUUGAAACUAUUAAAGAUGAAAAAAGGGGGGUUGGGUUAAAGAUGCAGGGGACACAAACAUUGUAUUUCUCAUGUGUAAAAAAAAUCCUCAAGAUGUUAGAUAGUUGCUCAUUGUAAGAUUUAUUUAUUCCUUGCUCCAUCCAAAAUGUUACGAUCAUGUAGAUGUAGUUUGUUUCUAGUAAUUCAUCCUUCAAUCGUGGCAAUAGUUUGACAUCAGGACCUCUUUUUCAUUGUGAGUGUGUAUGUGUGAGUGCAGUGUUUGAAUUUCUAAAAAAGCACUGUAUGAAAAAAAAAAAGGUACCAUCAGCCUAGAAGGAAAUGUCGACAUGCAGCGAUAUCUCAGGGACUCAACCAACACAGAUCUGGAAUUGGGAAAGAGAUAUAAAGAUGUUAACUCAGAUCAUGUUUCGCUCUCUUUGAGUCACUUCACUAGUCUUCAGAAACGGUCUGAAAUGUGUCUCAUUCAGUGUCGAUUAAGAGGUGCACAUCAUGUUGAUAUUGCAGAUUGAAUCCUGCAUUUCUUCACCUUUGAUACUUUUGAUUACUGCUAGGAUUUACAGAGAAGCUAGAGGCUUGAAUUGGCAUUGGGUAUAUUUCACAUACUGAUGUUUGCACACACAAGCAAAUGAUCCACCUCUCUUGAUGAUCACUGUCUGCCUGUCAAUACUGGAUUUACUGGAUACAGUUGAAAAUCAACUGAGAAUCAUACUUGUCGAGCCUCAUGAAAAUGAGAUCUUUAUCUUAUUUCAGCCUUUGGCCUUCAGAGACCGGUCGGUCUAAUUUGUUAAUAAAGUUGAUCUUUAUUCUACAAGUGUGGCUGGAGCAUGUUGACCUCUUCAGUUUAGACAGUGUGAAAUGAAAACCAGGUAUCGGCGUCGUUUGAUUUUCACUUCGUCAGAGUUUGACAUCAUGGCAUUGUUACAAAACCUGCUUAGUGUGCAUCACUGUAUCCACCGUACUGCAGCUUCUUGGUUUGAUGGGAGUUUGUUUUUUUUGUCGUAUUGUUUCUGCCUCUUUUUUAAUGUUUGUCAUAAUGCAUCGUCUUAAAACACUGGGACCUUUCCUGCCAUGCUCCUGUUUUUGUCUCUCUCUCGUCGUAUUCUGUAUCACACAUUAUUAUUAUUAUACAUGUUUUGAUACAGACGACCCUUACGCUGUGCAGAUAUUUGAAGAGGGGGAGGAAAUGCAGCUUUCAGCGUCUGAUGAGAAAAUCAAGGCAUGUGUGUUGAAUGUUGAAGGCUCUUUUUAGUUGUCGACACUACUGAGGCCAAAGAAACAAAACCAGUAUUUAUACGAUUAACACUCAAAGUGACGAGCUUCUCUGUAGGAGAUGCAUUUUUACCCCGUUUUUCACACUAUAAAGGGUGAAAUGUCCAGAAAAUGACAAUUGUAUCUGUUAUUUGAUGUAUCUGGAUUCUCAGAUAUUCUCAUGAGUCGUUUUUAAUUGUGCUUUUCACGGUUAUCUUUAAAUGAAGGCUUGGUGACGACUAAACACAACAGAGACAUUUCAAUACUUGAGUACUGGUUCAUCAUAGUGUCACUUGUUUUAGAAGAAACACACCUGGUUUAUUAGCCGCAGUUAUCCAGGUGUUUCCUGCAUGCUAUGUUUAAAAUGUCUGUAACGUUAUGUUGAAUUGUAUACAUGUGUUUGACUGCAGAGGUAAAGAAACCAGCCAACAUGUGACGUGUGAAGGAUUAUGUUGUUAUAUAUCAUCUCUAUUGCACUGAUGACUACAGAACACAUUUUUACACCUGUACGAGUGUAUGUUCACAUUACAAAGAGAGGAUGUCAAAGUGUUCAGAACUUUGAUACCACGGCAUUCAAAACAAUAUCAUCGCUGUUAUUUUACUCAUCGAUAUGAUGAAAAUGUCCUGAAGGUUUAAGAAAAAAAUAGAUAUUCAGUCAAAUGUUUUAAGAUUUGUGUUUGGGCUUUUUUAAAUGUCUUUAUUCUAGAGAUAGGACAGUGGACAGACAGGACUAAGCCUCCGUACAUGGGGCAUGCGCACUAACCGCCUGACCACCAUCAGUCUCAUUUUUAACCCGAGGAGAGGGAGCAAUGUCUAAAUUGCACAAAUACAUUGGCAACAUUUUGGAAAUGCAACGUUGUCGGUGUAUUUUUGCCAAUUAGACAGAAUGAAGGAGUUUACUGGCAAUUUAAAAAACAAGAAAAUACCAAAUGUUGAGUAUCUAGGACUUCUGUUUUUGUUGCCAUGGUAUCAAAAGAUGUCGUAUUUUUACUAGUAUCAAAGUUUUAAUUAUGGUAUCAUCAUAACCCUAUUGGAAGAUGAAACGACUAGAGAUGCACCGAUUGGGAAAAUCAGGGCAGAUACCGAUGUUUGAAAUAACAAUUUAGCCGAUCACCGAUGUUUGUUUCAUUACAUCUUUUAGGUAAAGACUCCCACAAUGCAACAUUUUCUCUCAUGUUUGACAAUGAAAAAGAGUCAGUUUGUUCAGCAGUAAAAAAAACUCUUCUUCUCUGAACCAGCAGUUAGGUGAACUAGAUGUCAGUAUUAAAUUGAUUUGGCACAACAAACAAACAAACAAACAAACAUCGGCUACUGCGGCGGCUUAUGACACUUUUAUUUGCCGAUGUCUGUCAUCAGCUGAUACCGAUGUUGAUCCGAUGCAUCGGUGCGUCUCUAAACAGGACCAGACCCUCUGACUUUUGUCGAUCGAGUGAUUUCUGGCUCGUUUAAAACACAAUAAAAUGUGGGGGUUUUAAAACUUAAUUUUCCGAGGUAAAGCGGACUAAAAAGACGAUUUUGAUCCUGGUGUCUUGUCGUGUUACGAUGUGUAACCAAUGACUUGUGUAUGUUUAAUGACAGCACGUGAUUUAUGAAGAUGUAGACUGUGUAGUAAAAAUCCUCUUUGUAAUUUAAGGAACAAGAAAUGAAACUUUUUCUCUUCAAACUGCACAAGUUCUCUCCUUCUUUUGUAAAUAUUAAAUAUGUCUAACUCUGCAAAAAGGUCCGUUAGUGAGAUAGACAGCAGCUUCAUCUCGUAGAGGAGACUUUGUAUACGACUGUCCAUCACCACUUCGAUGAUGAAAGAUGUAAAUAGAUGUUUCUGUUGGUUUCUUCUUGUCAUUCCAUAAAUCUCAUGUACUGUCUGCUACUUCUUCCUAAUAUUUCAUGUAGCCUGCUUAUUUUAUAACAUGCUGUGCCAAUUAUGUUUUAUCUGCUUUAUCUUGAGUAAAUGUUGAUUUUUUUUCAAUCAGUUUACUUUUUUUUUUUACAUCUUUUUUUAAUCCAAAUCUUUCUGUGACGUGGUAAACACCAAACUGUUCUGCCUGCUGUCGUCUGACUGAGGAUGAGUUGUGUGUCUGAGGAGUUUAUCAUAACCUCUCAAUUUCUUUUUUCUGUGGUCAAAGUGAAAAUGAGGUCCAGAUUUGAAUAAAUUAAACACCACAGUAUGAAAAUGUCUCAUACUUUUUCAUGAAGAUG